GUCUCUCAGCGGCCACCGUCGCCCGGGCCGCUGCCCGCCGAGUGCGCAGCAUACGCCGCUCCCGCGCCCCCGCUCCGCCCCGCGUGCCGUGCGUGCCGUGCGUGAGCGUGCGCGGGCGCGUCGGCCGGCGAGGGAGCAGCAAACGGCCGGCGGCUGGUGCCGCGCGGGGGGCGGGUGGCGCUGAGUAGGCGGUGGCGGCCAUGGCCGAGGCGUCGCCGCAUCCCGGACGGUACUUCUGCCACUGCUGCUCCGUGGAGAUCGUCCCGCGCCUGCCGGAUUAUAUCUGUCCAAGAUGCGAGUCUGGUUUUAUCGAGGAGCUUCCGGAAGAGACCAGGAGCACAGAAAAUGGUUCUGCCCCCUCCACAGCUCCCACGGAGCAGAGCCGGCCACCGUUGGAGCACGUGGACCAGCACCUGUUCACGCUGCCGCAGGGCUACGGACAGUUUGCUUUCGGCAUCUUCGAUGACAGCUUCGAGAUCCCCACGUUCCCUCCUGGGGCGCAGGCUGAUGACGGCAGGGACCCUGAGAGCCGGCGGGAGAGAGACCAUCCGUCCCGGCACCGGUACGGCGCCCGGCAGCCCCGCGCCCGCCUCACCACGCGGCGGGCCACCGGCCGGCAUGAAGGCGUCCCCACGCUGGAAGGGAUCAUCCAGCAGCUCGUCAACGGCAUCAUCACGCCCGCCACCAUCCCCAGCCUGGGUCCCUGGGGAGUCCUGCACUCAAAUCCUAUGGACUACGCCUGGGGGGCCAACGGCCUGGACGCCAUCAUCACACAGCUCCUCAAUCAGUUUGAAAACACGGGCCCCCCACCGGCAGAUAAAGAGAAAAUCCAGGCCCUCCCCACCGUCCCCGUCACUGAGGAACACGUAGGCUCCGGGCUUGAGUGCCCUGUGUGCAAGGACGACUACGCGCUGGGUGAGCGUGUGCGGCAGCUGCCCUGCAACCACCUGUUCCACGACGGCUGCAUCGUGCCCUGGCUGGAGCAGGUGAGUGCCCUGCCCACCCGCCCCCCGACUGCAGCCCUCCCGCCUCUAACCUGCCCCUUCUCCCGUCCCUGCCUCUGUCCCCGCAAAGCACGACAGCUGCCCCGUCUGCCGAAAAAGCCUCACGGGACAGAACACGGCCACGAACCCCCCGGGCCUCACUGGGGUGAGCUUCUCCUCCUCGUCGUCCUCCUCCUCCUCCAGCUCGCCCAGCAACGAGAACGCCACAAGCAACUCCUGAGCCCACGUCGGCCGUCGGGAAAGCACGGGCCUUUCCCACCCACCCUCAGCCAGCGCCACACGGCACCCACAGACUGGGUGCCCCGGCGGCGCCACGCUUGGCUGGUCAGCGCUGCAGGUCCCGCCUGUUCCAGGGCAGGACCCAGGCCCGGCCCACCAGCCCCCUGGCUCGGGAAGGCGUGGGCCACAUGGUCCCCUCUGGGGUGUCUGCAGCCUCCCCGUCCUCUGUCUAACCUCACCCUCUAAACGUUCAGCGGUGGAAAGAUUUUUAUAAUUUUAAAUUAUUACUGCUUUGAAAUAAAUGGACGUUUUAGCUCACAUGGCGGCCAUGCAUGAUUUGUGGCAAAAGACGGGGCACAGCUGCUCCACCAGCGCUGCCAGCGCCGCCAGGACAGGCCGCGUGGGCCCCCAGCCUCCCCCUCGGCCGCCUCCAUGACCCGGAGUUCGGGGGCUUGGGACUGUGAGGAUGACCAGCAAAAUUCAAGAACAAAACUGCUCCAACAGACUUUUUUAAAGGAAAAAAUAUGUGUAUCUUGAAAGCUAUUUAAAAUACACUACUUACAAAGAGAA